GAACGCGUUUAAAAAAUAACGUUUAAAUUACGAAUCGAGUUUAUUUGUUUAAAUAUUUAAACUGUAUAGUGGUUCGUGAUUUGAAUUUCGAAGAUGGAAGGCUGCGGGAUGAAUUGUAUUAAAUACCUUCUGGUUGUUUUCAAUGCAUUGUUUAUGAUCUUUGGCAUAGUGAUCAUAGCAGCAGCAUGCGUGGACCUGGGGAUGAUAAAGGGGUUCGCGGGGAUGGAGACGACGGGGCAUGAGACGGACAUCGUCCUUAUCGUGGUGGGGGUGCUGAUCCUAUUGGUGGCUGCCUUCGGAUGCUUUGGUGCUUGGAAAGAAAGCCCGAAACUACUUUAUAUUUUCGCCGGUUUCCUCGUCAUCAUCAUUCUACUGGAGCUAUCUGUUGGUAUCGCCGCAGCAGCUCUGAGGCCUCAAAUCGAAGGCACCAUGAAAACCCAACUCCGCGCGUCUUUCAUCAAGAACAAGUCGAGUCGGGAGGAAGACUCCACUUACAAGGAAUUCUGGGACAACAUCCAGACCAACUUGGAGUGCUGUGGUGUGACCGGCCCUGACAACUACAUCGCGUCCGAACCUCGCCUCAACCCUGCGUACAGUUGCUGCCCUCCUGACAAUUCAGACCACCCCAUAGAGACCAAGCGAUCUGACUGCAUCUCCCUCACAAAGUACUACCAAGAAGGUUGCGAGGAUAAAGUACUUAGUACAGUGCACAGCGCUGGUAUGACGGUUAUUGUCUGUGGCAUCCUUUUCUGCUUCUUAGAGGUUGCUGGCAUCGUCCUUGCGCUAUGGUUAGCGCACUCAAUCAAAACGCAGGACAAAGGAAGAGAAACCGCUUAAACUUAAGAAAUUAACCGCUUGAAUUAACGUAAUGAAAAACCGCUUUUAUACUGUUAAGAAGCACUUUAAGAGAUUUAUUUUUACACAAAAAUGAAAAAUUUAACGGUACCUUUUACGUAAACUGUAGUAUCAUUAGAAUUGUAGUUUUUAUU